CCGUAACCUAUCUUCCACAUAUACAAACACACACACACACACAAUACAAAAAUGAAGCUCACUCUCGCUUUCUUGCUCACCGUCGUCGCCGCCACGGCCUCCGCUGCGUCUGUGGAUGUCGGCCUGGUCAACAGGCAGCAGAGCUGCCUCAACAAAGGGACGUCGUGCGGCCCACAAUCACCCACCGACCCUGAGGGUCCCCCAUGCUGCUCGGGCCUGACGUGCCGCAGUACCUUCGCGCCCGUCGGCGGCAACGGCAAGGUCUGCCAAUAAACAGAGAAAACGCCGGCACUACAUGUGGGAUAUAAGGGGGUGGUGUUUGAAUAACAACCUCCCACAAGGCAUGAAAAGGUACUUGAGGUCUGUCCAGGACUAUGGUCGUCGUUGAUAUGGAAUGAGGCUAGUCCUAGUGUUACUCAAGAACCGCAGCGUCGACAUCAGGUUUCUCUCUAUAUAGCAGUUUAUCACACAUCGCUUC